GAAGAGUACGGUAAAAGCAGAAGAAGAGCGAGAAGCAAAACAAACCGAAACGAAACUAAGGCACUCACGGAUGACCAGUCUCCAGUGUACGAACGACUUAAACGUACUAACGGCUCUCCCGUCUACAACCAUACAGUCUAUGUCUCCAACGCACUAAGGGCUGCGCUUAGCCCUGCCCUAGCAGUGUUCGAGAGGCGAAUGCACUCCGGUGAGUGCGAGGGGUACCAUGGCGGAGGUAGAGGCGCAAGUGGCGGCCAUCCUGGAGAUGAUGGUAAGCGCGGCGGUCUCAGAAGUGACCAAAGUGGUGGACGGCAGCGCGUCGUUCGUGCGGGAGGACUGUGUGAGCACAGCCGCGCCCGUGGACCAGAAGGUGUUCCACCUCAGCCUCUGCUUGGCCGCUCUGGCACAGGACGCAGUGGAGAAACUCUGCCUUCUGUUCCACGAGUGCUCCUCCGUGCUACAGUCCAAGGUGACUGAGGUGGAGGAGCUGCGGCUGAGGUUGGAGGCAGCAGAGAGACAUGUCACUGCCCAGGGACAGCCGCGACGCAGAGUGGUGAUGAUCUGUGACACAGCCCUGAAGCGCAUGCCUUUUUUCAAGCGGUGGAAAGCCAAAAAGGAAAGGGUCCAAAGGGUCACAGUGGAGGAUGAGGAAGUGGAGGCUGCUGCUUCAGAUACAGGCAGCAAAGAGGGCCCCACUAAGGACCCUACUGAAGACCUUACCGCAGAGGAGGGCCCUACUCCCCAGGAGGAGUCUACUGAACAGGAGCCUACUGAAGAAGACGGCUCUAUUGACGAAGGCAGUCACGACUAUGGCAACCAUGAGCAGGGUGAAGAUGUUUUGGGGCUUUUUAAUGCUGACACAGAUUAUAUAACCAGACUGGUGAAGAUUGCAGUGAGAGGCGCUCCUAUGAAGGCUUCCAGGAGACAUAGGGCUUCGAGGCCCAAUGGCCCUGACCCCCCCGGGACCCUCAGCUGCACUGUAUGCAAGAAGCUCUUCACCAGACAGAAGGCUUUGGAUGUGCAUUUACUCCAGCACACUGGGGAGCGGCUGCACCUCUGUGAUGUCUGUGGGAAGAGCUUUACUCAGAAACAGAGCCUGACCACUCACCAGAGGAUUCACAGCACUCUGAGGCCCUUCAGCUGCCCCACCUGCGCCAAGACCUUCCACCGCAAAUGCCAAAUGACCCGGCACAUGGUCCUGCACACAGGCCAGCGCAAUUACAAGUGUCAGUACUGUGACAAAGCCUUCACCAACAACAACAACCGCAACCGCCACGAACUGAUCCACACCGGAGAGAAGCCCUACAAGUGUGAUGUGUGCGGCCGCUGCUUCAACCAGUCCAGCUCUCUGAAGGACCACCAGCACAGCCACACUGGAGUCAAACACUUUAAGUGCUACUGCGGCAAGGCCUACUCCCAGAAGAGCUCGCUUCGCAUGCACACAAAGACUCACAUGAAGAUAUCGCAAACCUGGGACAGCACCAUCUCUUGUGUGGCCUGUGGUACUACAACAGCGAACAGGGAGAGUCUACAGGAGCACCUGGACACCCACCACUUCCCCUGCGCCUGUGUGCUAUGUCAGCAGCCUCUAGGCUCCCUGGCUGAGUUGCACACGCACCAGCACAAACACAGGAGGCUGCAGCCCAACCACUGCCACAUCUGCAACAAGACCUUCCAGUCCUACACCUACCUCCAGGUGCACAUCAGGGGACAUAGGGGAGAGAAGCCCUUCGCCUGCCUCACCUGUGGACGCAGGUUCUUACAGAAGGCUGCCCUACAGACCCACCAGGUUGUUCACACUGGGGAAAAGCCCUUCUCCUGCCAGACGUGUGGGCACAGGUUCUCGUAUAAGGUCUCCCUCAAAGCCCAUCAGGCGCUGCACACUGGAGAGCUGCCUUUCCCCUGUAAGAGCUGUGACCGGAGGUUUGCACAUCCCUACUCCCUCAGGAAACAUCAGGCGGUGCACACUGGAGUCCACCCCUUCACCUGUCCGACCUGUGGGAAGAGCUUCAGUAACCCAUCCAACCUGCAGAGGCACUGUCGCUCCCACAGUGGAGAGAAGCCCUACCACUGCCCCGUGUGUGGGCGCAGUUUCAGCCAGAGCUGUGCCCUGAAGGCCCAUCAGCGCACCCACAGCGGGCACAAAGCCUACGAGUGUGAUCGCUGUGGCAAGAGCUUCUCCUACCAGCGCAGCCUCAGGGACCACAAGUACAAGUGUGUGUGACCGCGAGUACGAGCGAAGUGUGUAUGAUUACAAGUACACUAUCAGUCAAAAGUUUGGACACACUUUUUCAUGUAUUUUUCUUCACUAUUUUCAUGAUUAUUUACAUUGUAAAUUCUCACUGAAGGCAUCACAACUAUGAAUGGCUACAUAUGGAAUGUACCAAACAGAAAUAAACUCAAAAGAACUCAAA